GGGUGUGUGUGUGUGUGUUUAUGUGUAUUUGUUGGAAAAUUUAUUUGGAAAAUAAUGUAAAAAAAAAAUAUUGAAUGUUCAAUGCAUUUUAUUUGGAUGUGGAAGUUGAAUUAUUUGUUGCUUGCAAAUUUAACCAUAAUCAUAACAAACAGACAACAAAAUAAUGAUGCAAACAAACAAAAAAAAGUGAACGCGUUGGCCUGUGAAAACGUGGUAAAUGCAUUUGAUAAUCGAUUGUAUCAAACUUUAAUUUAAAUUAGUGGCGCCAUCCAGAGUCCUGUUUUGAUUUUAUUCUUGAAUACAAUUUUUUGUGCAUCAUGCCGAAUGGGAUGCCGGUCAUGUUUGAUAAAUUUUAUCAACAAUGAUUUGAUACAAAUAUGGAAAAAUGAUCUAAUAAACAACUAUAUUUAGAAUGUAAAAACGAUCUAAUGUACAAAAUGUAUAAUUAGAUCCAGUAUAUAAUUGUGGAUGCUAGUCAAUCGAAGCAAUCAUUUGCAAUAUUAUCAGCUUUGAGUAUCAAUCGCUGUCCAGAUUUUAAAUGGAUAAAAUGAAUCUAGAAACCCGUGAUUUUGAUUGGGAAAAUUGUCUAAAAACAAUCAAACGUCAUGGAAAGGAUAAGAAUAUUGUUGUCAUGAUGUUGAAUCAUUGUUUCGAUACAAUAUUAUCGAAAUUUGAAUCAAUAGAUCAAUUUUUAUGCAAUGAAAAGUUUAAAAAUUUUCAAGAAAUUUGGAACAAUAGUUGCGUUCGUAUGGCUGUGGAUGGUGGUGCAAAUGUUCUUUACGAUAUGCAGCAAUCUAAUGCUAAAUAUGAUGGGCAACUUCUCGAUCCUACUUUUUUAAGCGGUGAUUUUGAUUCAAUUCAUCCAAAAGUGAUGGAUCACUUUAAACAACGUGGAGAAAAUAUAAAAAUUAUGCAUACGCCCGAUCAGGAUCACACGGAUUUUACAAAAGCAUUGUUUAUUCUGGAUGAACAAGUUUUGAAUCUGAAUACUACUCCUGCAAUUGAUUGCAUUUUGGUUUUCUUUUCAAAUUCAGGACGAAUCGAUCAAUAUUUAUCGAUUUUAUCUACUGUCCAUAAUUUCAGUAAUAACAAUAAAACUUUUCCGCCUAUAAUUCUAGUCGAUAUGGUCGAUUCGAUUAGUUUUGUAUUGAAAAAGGGUUCAUCACAUCGAAUACCGAAAUUUGAUGAUGCUAACUGGUGUUCAUUGAUACCUUUAUGUGGGCAAGCUAAAGUUAAAACUGUUGGUCUACGUUGGAAUCUUGAUGAAAAUAUUGAGCUUGAAUUUGGAAAAUUUAUAAGUUCAUCUAAUGAAUUUGAUCGUAACACGAACAUUGUUACUGUUAAUGUUGCUGAAAAACCGAUUCUAUUCUCUACAGAAUUUCAUUUGUAAUAAAAGAAGAAAAACAAAUGUUUCAUUCUA